UCUGGUGAAAUGUAUCUCAGCAAUAAACCACUAAGGGGAUGAACCAUGUUGGGGUAUUUCACUGCUCGUUAGCUCCUUUCUAGCAAAAAUAGUCCCAAUCCGAAAAAUCGAUUUAUAACCUCGGAUGAUUCCCUCGUAAGCAUCAAAUUAAAAUCUCGAAUUAUUUUGAGCAUCAAUAUGUUUUAGCUCAGAAAAUCAUUAGAGCAUUUAUCUAUCGUUUCACUUUUGUUGUCUAUCUUUCUUCAUUUAGGCCAACAACUAGUAAAUAAUAUUCCUGGCCAAAUCUAUUUUGCCGAUAAAGUCAAUCUAUGGUAUACAAUUCGAGAAUACAUCAUUGAUCGAAGACAAAAAGCGAGUGAAACACAUAUUCAUAAUUUUUUACCUAUGACGUUUGUUUUGGAUAAUGAAAACGAAGUUAAUGAAUUUCUUCGAGUGUAUAAAAAACAUAAUCGAACCUGGAUAUGCAAGCCACGAUACAGUUAUGCUGGUACGAAAAUGAAUUGUCAUAUUAUAAUAAAUAAUAAUGAGUACUAUGUAUUUAAAGGUCGUGGAAUUUACGUGAUUACAGUGAAUUCUGAUCUCAAUACAAUAUUCAAAUUGAAAGUGGGCACCGGAAAUCGUCUGCAAUAUCAACCAAAAGUUCCAGGUUACCUUAUGCAGGAGCAAUCGGUUCAAGAAAAUCAUUAUCGAUAUGCAUUUUCACAAGAAAAUACCGGAAUGACGAUGACACAAUUAAAUCAUUAUUUCAAUCAAUGUUUUCGACCAUUUAAUCCUAACAUGUGUGAAGAUUGGGUAAUGAAAGUUAUGCAGACAAGAAUGCAAUCGAUUAUUCGUCAUGUUAUUCGUGCAAGUAAAGAUAAAUUAACGUGUACACCGGGCUUUUUCGGCAUCUACGGUUGUGAUUUUCUUUUGGAUGAAAAUUUUCGCAUUUGGUUACUGGAAGUUAAUGAUAAUCCGGGCGUUGGAUGGGGCAAUACACGAGUGAAUACAACAACAAAACCACUUUUUGAAGAAACAUUAGAUAUUGUAUGGGAAUGUUUUCAAAAAAACAAAAAUGGAAAAUCAUUAUUACCAAUUGAAUGUUUAAAAAAUUAUCAACUCAUUUAUAAUGAAGAUGAUGAUAAUAUAUCAACUAGUCGAGAUGAAAGUCAAAGUUAUAUUCAACGUUCAUCAGUUGUAUCACGUUAUACCAUGAGAGACACCACUAAUACACAUUUAAGUCGUGCACGUGUUAAAACAGCGGCUACAAUAACAGUGGCACGAGUAAAUGACAAUCAAAAUGAAUCCUCAAUUCAAAAAGAUUCACUUCGAAAUUUAGCAAAUAUUACCAAUGAACCAUUAAAACAUGAUGAUGAUAUCGAACUUGAACGUUUAGAAACAAAUUCUAAAGUAAAACAAUCUGUCAAACUUCCAAAUCGUUCACGAGUGGUAUUGAAUAAUAAUAAUAAUAAUAAUAAUACUAACAAUAAUAAUAAUACUAACAAUAAUAAUAAUAAUAAUAAUAAACGACCGAUAUCUGUCAGUAACUCGUUUAUUAUUCGAAGAAAACGUGAAAUUAUAUUAACACCUAUGUCCACAAUAAAAAAGAGACAUUUACAACGAAAUAGUAUUCAACCUUUCAAUACGAUACAGCAACAACAGCAAUCUAACAAAAACACUAGAAUACCAUUAAAAAGGGAUGAUGUUAAUACCGAAAAUUCAUCAGAUGCAACAACAACAGUAACAAAUUUUACAUCAACUAUUACAAGUACAGAGAGUACCGUUUCAGACAAAAUACAUGUUGAUAAGUCAUUAAAACUUAUAGCAGAGACUUCAUUCAACGAAUCAUCACUAAACACGUUAUAUGAACAAACUUAUAGAAUAGAAACAUUAAUGCCGGGUUAUAGCAAUGAAAAAGAGAAUGAAUGUACUUCACGUUCUCAAAUAAUACCGCCCAGUCGUAUUUGUGCUUUAUUGUGA